UUCUGAAAUGACUGCGACGCAUGCGCGAAAUUGUUCGACGUCAUCGGAAAUCUUGGCGGCAAGUUCGGCAAACGUAAAAUCUGUGAUGUGAAAACUUAUGUAAUAACAAUCACGUAACAAGCAUAAAAAACAUGUCAUCCAGAUGUAUCAUUCUCAAACUUACAGUUAUUCAACUAGCAGUCUGUGUUUACGCUGCACUGAUGACUACGGACGCCAACUUCGAGUUUCGAAAGACAGCAGUCCUUCGGUGCACCUCGGACAAUCCUGGCAGCAAAGUUUACUGGGAAUCGUCCAACGGGACCCGAGUAGUGGCACUCAACCCGCACAAGCCAGCCAGAUAUGAGGAGGGAGCUAACGGGAGUUUGAUCAUCUGGAAGCCAAGUCGUGAGACUGCUGGCCUGUAUUACUGCUGCCAGGACUCUGCUUCUGGGAAGAUUCGGAAGCCAGCGAAUUUCUUUGCCCUGACCCUUGUCGUGAGCAUCCUGGAGAUGAGUGCCUAUGUGAACCAAGGAGAUACUUUUGUCAUGACUUGUCUGGUUUUGGGCCAUCCGAAGCCAACAGUUAACUGGUACAAAGAUGGCACAUUAGUACAGCUCAGUAGCAGAAUUACUGUCGAAGAUACUUUCGUGAAUGGAAUUCCAGCACAGAAUCUGAAAAUCACCAACGUUCACUAUGAUGAAGGAGGAAUAUACACAUGUGAGGCAAGGAGUUCGCGGCACCCAGACAGAGUGAGCACCGGGCGUCAAAGACUGCGCGUUAUUGACAGGUAUGCCUUUACCUGGCCAUUAUUAGGCAUCAUUGUGGAAUUUCUAUUAAUUUUCACAAUCAUUGUCAUUAGUGAAUACAAGAAGAAAGAUGUGGAGAGUGAAAUUCAAGAAGUGGAAGAGAAGCCAAUUCAUCAUCAUCGUAGGAGCAGAAGCCAAUCAGUCCCAAAAUAAAUAUGCCAAAAGCCAUUACUGACAGUUUUGGAGAUGUAUGUCAUGAAAGUAUCAACAGGAAAGAGCAUGAACAAAUGCUAUAAAAACAGCUAAGAAACUGCACAUUCAGCAUGCACGUGGGUGUGCAUGAAUGCGGAUGUGUGUGCAUGUGAUGUAGGCAACAAAACCCUAGUGCCAUUUUGCAAAGAUGUCAUGAACUCAAAAGUUUAUUUUCUUCAUGAUUUCCAAACCAUUUUUACUUUUGUUUUUAUCAAAUUGGAUAUUAAAGACUAAUUUGUUUCUUUGUUACAUGCAAUGUAUUGAAUAUUUUUGUGGUUUUUA